GUUUUUAACGCUUGGGUUAAGCUGUGGGGAGAGGUUAAAUGCGAGUGACCAGAGAGAGAGAGAGAGAGAGAGGAACAGAGAAAGAACAGCUUCAAGCGAGAGAGACCUGCCUGAGUCGACUCGGACCGAGUUGAUUUUGUUACUGUAUUCGUUUUCGAUCUCUUCCUCCUCCGUUGGCUGUUUCAUCUAAGCUCAUUUCCCCCUCGCCGGCGCGUCAUUUUCUCUUCUCCGUCGAGCCUGAUUCGUUGUUGUUUAAUGUCAUCUUAGGGUUUAACUACGGAAGCUCGUUGUGGAGUUUGAUUCAUUCUUCCGUUUGAUUGGAUCUAGCCGAGGAAGAAAGGAGCUAUCUUUUGUGACUUGCUCUUUAGCUUUUGAUUCUUCCCCCACGCUCAUGUCACGUAAGCUAGACGGUCCUAUCCAAACACAAAUGGCAGUUUCGGUUCUGAAGAGUCCCUUGACCGGGGAGUUUCAUGAGUUUAACAAGGUGGGAUUAGGAAUCAACUCUCCUGUGGUGGGCCGUAGGCGUGUUUUUGUACAGACGGACACUGGUUGUGUGCUGGGGUUGGAUCUGGAUCUGGAUCGUAGCGACAACGCUCACACAGUGAAAAGGAAGUUACAGGUUGCUCUUCAUUUCCCUACGGAUGAAAGCUCCUUGACCUUUGGGGAUUUGGUGCUUAAGAACGAUCUAACUGCUGUGAGGAGUGAUUCUCCUCUGCUACUAACUAGGAACAGUUUUCAUAGAAGCUCGUCGACUCCAUGUCUUUCACCAAUGAGGCGUGGUGGUGAUGUUCAGCAGCAUAGAGAUGAGAGCGGUUCUAUAGAGAUUCUUGGGAACUCGGUUUGUUUGAGGCAAGUCGUUAAGGAUAUCACAAAGGCCUUGAAGAGGGAUGUUGAGCCAGUUUCUGUACAUAGCGGCCUUGGAGGUGUUUACUUCUUCAAGAACGUUCGUGGAGAGAGCGUUGCGAUUGUGAAACCAACUGAUGAGGAGCCUUUUGCUCCUAACAACCCUAAAGGCUUUGUCGGCAAGGCGCUUGGACAGCCUGGUUUGAAACGCUCCGUGCGCGUUGGGGAAACGGGUUACAGAGAAGUGGCGGCUUAUCUCCUUGACAAGGACGGUUUUGCAAAGGUUCCUCCCACUGCUCUCGUGAAGAUCUCUCAUUCCAUAUUCAAUGUCAAUAAUGGUGUGAAGGGUGGGAGCAAGCGUAUGGAGAAGAUGUUGGUGAGCAAGAUUGCUUCCUUGCAGCAGUUCAUAGCUCAUGAUUAUGACGCUAGCGAGCACGGAACGUCUAGCUUCCCUGUUUCAUCCGUGCACCGUGUAGGGAUUCUUGAUAUCAGAAUCUUGAAUACUGAUAGGCACUCAGGGAACCUUCUGGUUAGGAAGCUGGACGGAGUUGGGAUGUUUGGACAAGUGGAGCUGAUUCCGAUUGAUCACGGUCUCUCCUUGCCGGAGACUCUGGAGGAUCCUUACUUCGAGUGGAUUCAUUGGCCUCAGGCGUCGAUACCGUUCUCUGAAGAGGAGCUGAAGUACAUAGCGAGUCUUGAUCCUUUUGAGGAUUGUGAGAUGCUGAGAAGGGAGCUUCCUAUGGUACGUGAGGCGAGUCUCCGUGUUUUGGUUCUCUGUACUGUUUUGCUCAAGGAAGCUGCUGCGUAUGGGUUGUGUUUGGCUGAGAUUGGUGAGAUGAUGACGAGAGAGGUUCGUCCUGGAGACGAGGAGCCGAGUGAGAUUGAAGUGGUUUGUCUUGAGGCUAGGAGUUUGAUAGGAGAGAAGGAAGCUGAGUCACCAAGAUCAGACUUGGGUGGUGAGGUUGAGUUCCAGUUUGAUUUGGACUGUGAGGAAGCAUUUACACUAGGGUUCACUCGUAGUCAUCUUCCAAAGGUGGAAGAAACAACAGAGGAAGAAGAUGAUGAAGAGGAAGAAGAAGAAGACAUCAAGGAGAAGGAAGGGAAAGUGCAGGCGAUUACAAAGCUUUCAAUGUCUCUGAAAACCACUUUUCUUGGUGAGAAGAGCCAAAAGUAUCAGAAACAUCCAGGAGUGAGAGCAGAGAGCGCAUAUGCGUCGUCUGCACACAGGAGUGCAGAAGAGCAGAUCCCAGCAAGUACAAGCUUUGUGAAUCUGGCGGAUAUGAGUGAAGAGGAGUGGACUAUGUUCCUGGAGAAGUAUCAGGAGCUGCUUUAUCCAGCUUUUGCUAAGCGUAAGGCGAUAACUUUAGGACAGAAUCUGAGGCAGAGGCUGGGAACUUCUUGCCAGUUUUGAGGAUGUCAGAGACUGAAGAAGAAGAAUAAAGGAUCGUGUAGUCUUUGUUUCUAAGGGCUUUUGCCUGAGACUGGACUUGGUGGAAAAAGAUGGGCAAGAAGGGAUGAUGAGUGGUAUGGAUUUAGUGUAAAUAUUCGUUGAUUCAGCUUUUAGUGUGGAGGAGACUCGAGAGAUGGAGAGAGUUUAAUUCUCUUUGCAUUUUUUUUUAACUUCGUAAACCUCUAGGAUCUUGUUGGUUUAUGCUGUCUAGUUCAAAGCCAUGUAUAGCCCUCUUAUGUUUUAUAAGUCACUUUGUAGAUUAGAAAAAUAAAUGGGAUAAUAGAGAGCUUUGUUUCAUA